AGAAAGUGAGAAAAGUGUGUGAAGAGUGAAAUACACUUAGAGUAGAAGUGUAUUGGUGAGGAUUGGUUUUUUGUAAUAGUUGAGUGUGAGAGUUUGCUCCUCCUAUUGUAAUUCUGUUCUUGAUAUUGAAUAGAAGAAUUUUCCAAUCCCAACAAGUGGUAUCAGAGCGAGGUUGAGUUUUCAUACACUGUUUUCUCAUUUUCAGAUAAAUUUCUACAGGUUAGAAAAUCGUGAUUUUUCAAGUUGCUCGGAAUCACGAUCUGAUCAUACCAUUAGAUUCGUCUCGUCGAGACGAGAAAUCUGGUAUUUUUUGGGAAUUUUUUGGCCACCGGAAGAGGCCGUACGCGCCGCCCAAACGCGCCGGAAAACUGCCUGCGUCAUCAUUGCGUCAUCACGCAGUCCAGAGGAAGAAGACGAGCCACGUCAGCCGCCACGGCAGCGCCACGUCAGCCCAAGUAAGCGCCACGUCAUCCGCCACGUCAUCCGUGCAAGCCAUCUCUAGGUGCCACGUCAGCGCCACGUCAGCGCCACGUCAGCGCCACGUCAGCGACACGUGGCGCCACGUCAGCGCCAGCGCAGAGCCAGCUGUUGCCACGUCAUCCGCCUGCUGGUCUGCUCACUGGGCUGCUGCCUGAACCGGACCGAACCGGUUCGUACUUGUGGAGGCCGGUUCACCCAUUUUCGGACCGGUUUUGGACAAGGUCAGACCGGUUCCUACCAUUUUCGGCCAUUCCGGAUCCAACGGUGAGCUCCGUUUGUCCAAAUUCGGCUCCGAAAAUAAGGUACGAGAUAUUUUGAGCGUUUUAUUAUGGAUAAAUCAUCAUCGGACACCAUGAUUGCGCUCACUUCCACAAAUUACAAUAUGUGGAAGCCUCGGAUGGAGGAUUUGCUAAAUUUGAGGGAUUUAGCUGAUCCUCUUGAUAAUAAUGGCGUGAAACCGGAUAAAAAGACGGAUGAAGAAUGGACAAAAAUGAAUAGAAAAACUGUCGCACAAAUUCGACAGUGGAUUGAUCAUAGUGUGUUCCACCAUGUUGCGCAAGAACAAAGUGCUUACACACUAUGGGAGAAGCUUGGUAGCAUGUAUCAAGCAAAAACCGCACGAAAUAAGACUUUACUAAUGAGGCGAUUAGUAAACCACAAAUUACGAGGAGGUAUUUCGGUGUCAGAACACACCAGUCAAUUCCAGGAUCUUGUGAAUCAGUUGAGCACCACCGGAUGGGUUCUCAAAGAUGAAGAACAGGCGAUACUACUCUUGAGCUCUCUACCUGACAGCUGGGAGACUCUUGUUGUCACUCUCAGCAAUUCUGCUCCCAAUGGCAAAGUGACUAUGCAGAUGGUCACAGAUGCCCUUAUGAAUGAAGAAGCCCGAAGAAAAGAAGCCGGGACUGAACAAUCAUAUGCCUUCGUGUCAGAAACCAGCAGACGAGGGGGAGGCAGAAAUGGAGGAAGAACUCGAGGUCGAGGUAGAGGCCAAGGUCAAAACAGAGGAAAUUCUCAAGUUCGCGGCAGAUCACAAGAGAGAGGUAUGUCCUUUGAAAACAGUACUUGGUUUGAAGGAUAUUGCAAUUACUGUAGUAAUUAUGGGCACAGAAAAAGAGAUUGUAGAAAGUUUCUACGAGAGCAGCCACAGACGAGUCAAAAUACUAGCCAAGAUGAUGGUGAGACCAUGGUUAGUUUGUCAUCAGACGUGUGUCUUGUUACACAUGGUGAACAAGAAUGUUUACACGUAGGUACUCAUGAUGUUGAGUGGGUGAUUGAUACAGCCGCAUCAUUUCACGCCACUCCACACCAGAAUUUAUUCACAUCUUAUAAGUCCGGGGACUUUGGAGCUGUGAAGAUGGGAAACACCAGUUUCUCGAAGAUUGUUGGCAUUGGUGAUGUGCACAUAACAACCAAUGUCGGAUGCGCACUUGUGUUGAAAGAUGUUCGACAUGUUCCGGAUCUUAGAUUGAAUCUUAUCUCCGGUACAGCUCUGGAUCAGCAAGGAUAUCUUAACCGAUUCAAAGAAGGUACGUGGAAGUUAUCUAAAGGUUCCUUGGUUGUUGCAAGAGGCCAUAUUUGUGGUACUCUUUAUAAAACUCAUGCAAAGUUGUGUCAUCCAAGUCUUAAUGCUGUUGAAGAAGAGAUAUCACCAAACUUGUGGCACCGGAGGCUAGGCCACUUGAGCGUGAAGGGAUUGACAACUCUUGCAAAGAAGGAAGUCAUUUCCAUGGGCAAAGGUGUUGCCCUAGAUCCAUGCGAACACUGUCUAUUCGGGAAACAACACAAGGUUUCCUUCAGUUCUACCAGGAAGAACCAUUCAGAGUUACUCAGUCUUGUACACUCUGAUGUAUGCGGACCCAUUGAAGAGGAGUCACUUGGAGGAAGCAGAUAUUUCGUGACAUUCAUUGAUGAUGCAUCACGAAAGGUAUGGGCUUAUUGUUUGAAGAGUAAGGAUCAAGUGUUUGAUCGCUUCAAAUUAUUUCAUGCGAUGGUAGAAAGAGAAACAGGGAAGAAGCUGAAGUGCCUGCGUUCAGACAAUGGAGGAGAGUACACUUCUCGGGAGUUCUCAGCAUAUUGCGCAGCAUAUGGAAUCAGACAUGAGAAGACGGUUCCACGAACUCCACAGCACAAUGGUGUAACCGAAAGAAUGAAUCGGACCAUUAUGGAGAAAGUUCGCUGCAUGCUGAGUAUGGCUAAACUACCUAAGCCAUUCUGGGGUGAAGCUUUGCUGACAGCUUGUUAUCUUAUAAACAGGUCACCUUCUGUUCCUUUAAACUUUGAAGUGCCAGAGAAGAAAUGGUCAGGAAGAAAUGUUUCUUACUCUCAUUUGAAAGUGUUCGGGUGCAAGGCAUUUGCACAUGUGUCCAAGGAGUUGAGACAGAAGCUGGAUCUCAAGUCAAACCCAUGCAUCUUCAUCGGGUAUGGUGAUGAAGAAUUCGGAUACCGGUUGUGGGAUCCCGAAGUGAAGAAAGUUGUACGAAGCAGAGAUGUUGUAUUUCAUGAAAACGAGUUUCAUGGGUGUGUUCCAAUAAUCCGCCAACAACAUACUCCAGAAGACGAAGUGCAUGUAUCAUCAAACAUUCCUCUCAGCGACGAGGAGAUGCAUGAUACUACUGAACAAGAGAGUGAUGGUUCAGUAGGUGAUGAUGAUACUCACAGUGAUGAUAUUCCUCAGCAGGGGGAGCCUUCAUCUGAAGACGAAGCUGAAGGUAUUCAUGUUCGACGUUCUAUGCGAGGCAUAGUUCCACAGAGAAAGUAUUCCACAUCCGAAUGGAUACUUGUUAGCGAGGGGGAGCCUGCGAGCAUUGCAGGAACGAGAGAAAUAAAGAAAAAGGUGGAGGGGGAGAUUUGUAGGUAUCUUCCACCUUCUUUCUUGGAGGUUGCCAAGAGACACCUUAACAUGGAGGCACCUUCAUGGAAGGAGCUCUCCAACAAAUAGGUGUGGGAGAAGAUAUGGAGAUAACUAGGAAGCUUGGAUGCAACUUCCUCAUGUCUCCAAACCAGCCCUAUAAAUAGAGUGUUCUAUUGUUGUUCAUAUCAUCAGUUUAGAAAGUGAGAAAAGUGUGUGAAGAGUGAAAUACACUUAGAGUAGAAGUGUAUUGGUGAGGAUUGGUUUUUUGUAAUAGUUGAGUGUGAGAGUUUGCUCCUCCUAUU